GUGGAAAGCGUGGUGAUCCCUUAUGGCAGCAUCAUCUUUGCCUGUUUUCAGGUAUUACCAUCCCCGUCGUCGGUGGUCUCGAUCUCUUUAGGUGGAACUUCGUCUUUGAGUGGAUCUUCGGUGUUCGAGAAAAAGGCCAGAUCCGCUCCGUGUUCACCGGCUUCCAAUGCCAAUAUUACGAAGAGGCCGAGAUCUCCGGGUUCCCUGUCUCCACUUCCAAGGUUAUGUCAUCUCGACACGGCAAACCCUCCCAUGCCUUCUCAAGAAGUCUUUGAAUUCGGUGGUGAUGCCAAUCGAUCGAAAAAACGUCAACGACAACAAACUUCCGAACAUUCCACACCAGACAACUCCAUGUCGGUGAAAAUAUCCUCUCCGUCCCGAGAAUUGCUCGCAUAUCGUGAAUACUCGCAAUAUCAAUUUCAGUCGCCACCGCAAUCCAAAGAACAACACACCAUACCCGAUUUAACUCAACAGCAACACGCAUACUAUGCAUCUCAUGGCUCGCAGCAACCGUCAUCGACUCACUUCAUGCCAAACUAUUCACAAGGUAAUAAUAAUAAUCAUAACCCGAAUCAGCGCAAUUCUGCAUCGUUGCCGCCACUGUCGUCACAACCACCCUCCUCAUCACAAGCUGAUCCAAUCCAACCUCAGGUGUUCACCCAAUUUGCUCCACAACAACGUAGAAAUCCUAACGUGGUCCAUGGCAAGAAAUGCGAGAGUUGCCACACCAGCUCCAGUCCCGAGUGGAGAAGGGGGCCGACCGGUCACAAGACUCUCUGCAACGCAUGCGGGUUAAGAUAUUCGCGUACGAUCGCGCGUGAAAAUCGUAAACGCGAACAAGCUCAGCGUGAACAAGAGCAACGUUUUCGCGAGCAACGAGAACGCGAGGAGCGCGCUCGAGAAAAAGCUGAGGCCAUGAUGAUGCAGAGGACCAUCGAACCCUUUGGUCA